AUGGAGGAGGAGAUAAAUUUAGUGAAAGAGAGGCCAAUUAUCAUAGCCAUGAAAGGGCAUCCAGGGACAGGGAAAAGCACUAUGGCUCGCGCCAUAGCCAGGACCCUCAAGUGCCCUCUUAUAGAUAAAGACCACUUUCGAGACUGCACACACACACUCGAGCAAAGCCUUUUGCUAUCCACACCCUGCAAAGCAACUAAACUUCUCAACGACCUAUCAUAUGAAGUCAUGUGGAACGUGAUCUCGACUCAACUCGACUUGGGGUUAAGCGUUGUCAUUGACUCUCCGCUCUCUCGUCGGGCACAUCUCGACCGGUUGCUGGAUAUGGAAGAGGAAUAUGAUGCUCGGCUUGUUAUUGUCGAGUGUAAACCUGGAGACGAGACGGAGUGGCGCAGGCGGCUUGAGGCAAGGGGAGAGGGCGAUAAUGGAUCGGGGUGGCACAAGCCAAAAACUUGGCAAGAGAUAGAGAAACUCUUGGAGAGUUAUGAUAGGUGUUGGGAUUAUGAUGUGGGUAAGGUGCCUAAACUUGUUUUGGAUACUACUGCUCAUGUUCAGAUUGUGAACCUGGUUUCAAAUGUUUUGCAAUUUAUUAAAUCUUGA